AUGGACAAGAUUCACGAGGCCGGGAUGCCCAUCACCAUACACGCCGCCGAGGUACAGUACACACCCUCACACCACACACGACAGCCCGAACGGUGCUGUCUGUGUUGGUGUGUCAGGAUCGUGUGAGUGGCCUUCCCGAGAACGCGGCCAUAGCCGUCGACCGCCUGCAUGCCCGCCGUAUCGGCCACGGCAUUCAGACGAUCAAGGACCGGGCCCUCUGGCGGCGCCUCAUCGACCAGCAGGUGACCUUCGAGCUGUGCCCCACGUCCAACUAUCUCACCAACGCGGUCGACAGCCUCGAGGCGCAUCCCAUUGGCGAGUUCCUGAGCGGGGGUGCGCGCGUCUGUCUGAGCAGCGACGACCCAGGCAUCAUGGCAUGCGAUCUGCCGAGGGAAUACGAGGUGUGUCACGAGGUGCUGGGCCUGACGGAGGAUGACUUCCGCCGGAUGAACGUGACGGCACUCGAGGCGUCUUUUUGCGACGAUGGUGUCAAGGCGAGUGUGCGCGCCAAGUGGGCCAAUUGGUUUGCAGACAGCAAGCCCGACUGCGUCAAGGGGGGGUGAGAUAGAUGAGUGAGUGUAUAUGAUGUGAGGGCUCCAUCUUGUGUUUAUUCGCAGCGGCUGGUUAAUAUGUGAGGGCUGGGCGGGGGAUGAUGUGUGUUGAUGUUGACGACCGACGCGACCAUGGAUCAGACAAGGAUGAGUAGGACCUCUGUGUGUGUGUGUGAGGGUGGGUAAACGGUAGGCGGGACUCUCAAGCCAGAUUUGCC